AUGUCAGGGCUGCAGCGAUCGCGAAGCGAAACUCCAAGCAUCAUGCAGAGCAGUUCGCGGCGGCUGAGCACGGCAAAGGAGCCCAAAGAUGGCCAUCCAGCUCCGCCUGUGCCGGACCCACGGCUCUGGGCCAAAGUGCGCGACUGCCUUGCGCGGCCCGAGAACUACGAUCAGGUGUUUCACGCCGUUUGCGUACUCCUGUGCGAAUCGCGGGCGGAGCGGGAUGUGUUGAAACAGCGCCUGGACGAGGUGGAGCGCGCCAACACCCUCAGCGCUGCAGAAGCAAAGCGCCGCGACGCAGAGCUGCGAAAGAUGCGUGAGGAACUCAAGCUCCAGGCUGCGGUGCUGGAGGAGUCGAACACGGCAUGCCAGGCCCUGGCCAAGGAGCUGACCGCUGCGAAGGAUGCGAAAAAUCGGGCGCAGAUGCGAGUGAGGCAGCUGCAGUCGAAAUCUGUCGAUGCUGAUUGGGCAGCUGGUGCUGUC